AUGAUCGCUGGAACGGCUCACAACCUCAAGGUAAGAUGUGCACUUUGUACAUAUCUUACCUUACGUAUCUGGCAGAGCGCAGCGCGGUCAACCCAAGCUCAUCUGCAUCACAGAGACAACGUGCCAUCGUCCGGGCCUGUUCUGCCCUUACAAACGUGUCAAUCGCAACCGUUAUCAACGAUAGCAGACGGGCUAGAGAUUGCGACGGAUAAAAUUAGACUGCAAUCGCCAGGGGCCAGUAAACAGAGCUUCGAGAAUGUAGAUACUUUACCCUGA